GGUGAUGAAAGUCACCAGGUGGCAGUUCGGUGACAAUUUCACGUGUUACGUGUACAAAAAUUUUGCGGAUAACAAAUUCGUGGUACGAUGUGCAGGUAACAUCGAUGCGUUGGUGCAACAUGCGAUGGUGAAACAGGCAAGAAUAAGAGGCGGCGGAAUUAUAGCUGCGUGGUCCCGGUGUGAAAGAAGGAAUCUAAACGGAAGAGAGCCGAUCGGCGCCAAUGGCCUACGAAGCGUUAUGGCAUGAGUACAUGCAUAUGCCUGUGGUGACGCGGGCUUAUACCACAGCCUGUGUCAUCACAACUCUCGCCGUGCAACUAGAUUUGGUAUCUCCAUUUCAAUUAUAUUUUAAUCCUAUCCUCAUCAUUGAACAAUACCAGAUAUGGCGGUUGAUAACAACAUUCCUAUUCUUUGGAAAUAUAGGGUUCAAUUUACUCUUCAAUAUGAUUUUCACAUAUCGAUAUUGCCGUAUGUUGGAAGAAGGUUCUUUUCGCAGGAGAACAGCUGAUUUUGUAAUGAUGUUCAUUUUUGGUGGAAUAUGCAUGAUUACUUUUGCGUUCUUUGUCAAUCUGCUGUUCCUGGGACAUGCAUUCACGAUAAUGUUGGUGUAUGUUUGGUCUCGACGAAAUCCUUUCGUCAGAAUGAAUUUUUUUGGAUUGUUAAAUUUCCAAGCUCCGUAUCUACCAUGGGUGCUGCUAGGCUUCUCAGUACUGCUUGGUAACACGAUAUGGGUCGAUCUAGUUGGAAUGGCAGUAGGACAUACAUAUUAUUUCGCGGAAGAUGUAUUUCCACGGUUAAGAGGAGGUUUUCGAAUCUUGAAAACUCCGCAAAUACUUAAGACUUUAUUCGACGCACAUCCGGAAGAUCCGGAUUAUACGCCGCCACCGGAAGAUCGGCCAGGUGGUUUCAAUUGGGGACAGGAGGCUGAUGUGCAGUGAUUGAAAUUCCAUAGCUCACUUCCUGAUGUUGUUUCUGAUGUCACCCAAGAACGUUGCAGCAGGCAGCGGCUCUAUUGUUGUUCCUUCAUCCUCAGAAUUACAGAUAACAAGCGCUCGGAUUUGCACCCAAAGAUGCGUUAUGAGAUACAUGUGAAGGGUAAUAUAUAGGCUGUAUAAAUAAUUGGAUGGUUUCUUUUAAACAAGAAUUUCCCAACAAACUUGUGGAGUCGACGCUUUUUUAGCAAAAAUUCGUCACAAGGUCAAAUUCCAAAUUUCAUUCAAAAGUUAAAACCGAUAGCUUGCAAUCAAAUAAUUGUCGAGCAAAAGUUGUCUCAAAGGAAAGAAAGAAAAAAUAGAAUUCUAGUUAAGAAAAUAUGUGUAAAUUAUUAGAUAUUAUGUACGCAGAUGAGAAAUCUGGAUAGAUGCGUACACUGACACGCUUAUUGUAGUAAGUCAUUAUCAAUUCUGUUUGACUUCGUAUGUACAUGUUCAUAUGUGUCUUAACUAUUCGUUUCUGCGUACAAAAUCUAAAUUUUACUAAUGAGAUUAACUUUUUGGUAAUCAAGUGUCGUGCUUCUAGUAUUACUGUGAAAAGAAAUGAUUUGAACUGACUUUAAAGUAUACAAAGCGCUGCCGAAUUAUAUUUCUAGUUUUCAAUCAGAAGUUCUCUUUCUAAUGCAUCUGGCGUGAGCGUAACUGUAUAAAGAUUUAUAAUUUUUGGUUAUUAUUAAGUUGUUGCGUGCAGGAUGUUCUGUACAUAACUUCAUAUCAUGUAUAGUAGUUAAUUUUGUCUUAAUAUAUUUUAGUGGCUUUAAUGGCGAAUGUUAAAAUGUUUAUAGAUUGUCUGGAUUUUGGGUUGAUUUUGUAAUUCAAUAGAAAUGAUAUUUUUUACACCUGGGAGUGCGAUUAAAUUAGCAUUCCGAGGGUUAAGCCAGUUUAAUCGUCUCUGUCGCAAAUGUGUACUUCCGAUUCCGCGGUAAUUAUAAUACUUGCAAAUUCGUUAGAUUUACUAUUUAUUGAGAACGACAUCACUUUUGUAAGAACAACAUUUACGAUCGGUGGCAACUUUUGUGAUACAUUCACCGUACUCAUAAUUUUUGCAAAUAUUAAAGAGAGGGAGAGAAAGAAAGAGAACAAAAAAUGCCAUUGCAUGGGAGACUAUUUUAGUGUAUUAAAAGCAUUUAAUUAUAUUUAUUAUGGUAGCGAAGUGUAUAAUCUAGGCAACAUCUACAGAGUACAAAUCGUUAAAUAUAAACUAAAGAAAUAAUAUAUAUAUAUAUAUACACACACCUCCCAUUCUCUUUGUUACAUAUAUAUAUUGUGUACUAUGUGAAUAUAACAGAGACUUGCAUUGAUUGUAGUUAAUUACUGUCGUCUCUUCUUUUAUGAAAACGAUGGGAAAAUAAGGUUCCUUCUAGAAUCAAUGUGUUGCUCAGUUAAUAUUUUUUAGCCUGUUGUAUACUUUCAGUUUUAUGUUCUGAGCGCACUUUGGUCACAAAUUAAACAAUUAGUUAAUUACUUAGAAAUUGUUGAUAAUACGAGUUAUUAAAAAUUUAUAAUAGCAUGGAAUAUUUAAAUUUUUUAUUUAAUCUUUUCGUUCAUGGAAUAGUGAACAUUAUUUUGCCACAUGCAAUUAAUAAAUGACAAAAUUGGAAGCAGAUUUUUUCUGUGAUCCCAUGAUUAUUGUACAAUAAUAUCGUAAACAAAGUAAAUAUGAGUUUUUAACGUGAGUAUCGUAAACGAAAUAAAUAUGAGUUUUUAACGUGAGUAUCGUAAACGAAGUAAAUAUGAGUUUUUAACGUGAGUCGUCUUUACGAUUGAACAUUAACAUACAAAUUUAUUUUAUGCAAAACAUUGAUUUAUAUAAAGAAAAAGAAGUUUGGAACUCCCGAUUUCGAGCAAUAAUUGUUCAAAUUAUACAAUCUUUAGGAUUCUUCCGUCUUAAGCCACACAGUCUUUUUUUAUUCUUUUAAGUUUGUCUUGCAUUUUUAGAACUGUAAAGAUUUCCUUAUUUAUAUAUAUUUAUCUUUAUUUUUAUAUAUUUGGCUUCCAGGAUCCUGAGAGGAUAUUAGGAUACUUAAAUCCUUUGUUCGACGAAUAUUUAACAUCUUAUAUUCGUAUUUCUGAUGUAAACAUCUUGAUUUCGGAUUUUGGAAUCGUUAUAUCCUUCAGAAAUUCUGGGAUUCCUGGUACCUUCUUAAACAUUAACAUUAUCAUUUGGACAAUCGAUAUAAUCAAUGAUUACAUCUACGAUUGUUUCCUGUUACCACGCGUUUGUAUUAACUCUUUCAGUACUCAAAAUAAGAUUCAUAAAGAUCAGUUUUUAUUUGUUUUCCAAUUUUAUACCUACGCAAUCUUUUUUUAUACUUGUUGGCUAAAGAAAGAAAAUGACAAAAAAAAAAGUAAAAACUGACUGAUUAGCUGAAAAUGACAUGUAAUAAUAUAUAGGUGCUGAAAGGGUGGAUCGAUAAACGCGUUCGCCAUCGCCAAAGAGUACUUUAAUAAAUAAUGAAAAGUUGUAAAGAAAACGAGUAAGAAAUAAUGAAUAGGAUAAGAGAAGAAAUGAUUUUACAAAAUCAUUUAUUUCGAUUUAAAUAAUAAAUGAUUAAAGCGCAAUAGGAUAUCAACGAUGUAUAACUGAAUACACGUACGCAAUGACAUGGACUAUAAUACAAUGAUUAUCGGGGCUCUAUUGUACACUCGGCCUUUAUUGUUUUAUCAUAUUGCCACUGUUGCUAAAAGCACCGUGAUGUCGUCCGGCUUACCACCUGGAAGAUUCGAAAUUCGCUUUGCACACUUUGUAUCUCUUGUCGCAAAACAUUUUUCACUUAAUUACUCUUAAGUAUUUUUUCUAAACGUUAUCUCUGGUAACCUAUUCAUACUGUGAAUCGACGUUAUUUUGAGAAAGUACAUUCAAUGAAAAACAGUUUUUAAGUUUAAUUAGGAUUUAUGUCUUUUUGUAAGAGAGAAAAUGAUAAAUAAAUAUUUAAUGUUUCGAGAA